AUAUGCGUCGAGGGGAACAUUGCAAGUGGGAAAACAACAUGCUGGAUUACUUUGCACAAACUACCAGCAUUGAGGUUUUGAAAGAACCUUUGAUGAAGUGGAGGAACGUUCGUGGUCAUAAUAUCCUGGGUUUAAUGUACCAAGAUGCUUCCAGAUGGGGGAUAACGUUACAGACUUAUGUCCAGCUGACCAUGCUGGAGCAGCACACCAGACCAAUGACUUCUCCAGUCCGAAUGAUGGAGAGAUCAAUUCACAGUGCAAAACACAUCUUUGUGGAAAAUUUGUACAGAAGUGGAAAAAUGCCAGAGGUGGAUUAUGCUGUGCUAAGUGAAUGGUUUGACUGGAUCAAGAACAACAUCGAUGUUUCAGUGGAUUUAAUAGUUUAUCUGCAGACAUCUCCUAAAGUCUGUUAUGAGAGGUUAAAAACACGAUGCAGAGAAGAAGAAAAGAUCAUUCCUCUGGAAUAUUUAGAAGCUAUUCAUGAGCUCUAUGAAGAGUGGCUCAUUAAACGUGCACUGUUUGAAGUUUCCUGCCCAGUGCUUGUUAUUGGAGCUGACCAUGACAUGCAGAAAAUGAUAGAAAUGUAUGAAGAAAAACGGGACCAAAUACUAAACCCAUCCAAUAGACAACACCAUUUAUAGGAGCCUGUGAUUGUUGUACCCAAUACUGUUCAUGAAGUCUGAUUUGGUAUUUUUAAUAUUUAAAUAUAACUAGUUUUGGUUUUGCACUAUGCUUUGUAGAAUGUUGUGGACUUAUGGCUAUGAAGUGUUCAGGUUCAAGUCAGGAACAGAAUAUAAACCAAUCCCUUUUUGUGUUUUUGGGUUCUCCAUCAGCUUUACUGUGUCAGAUCUCUUCAGCUGAAAUAUGGCUGUUUCCCCUAUUUCCCACUUCACUGCUGCUUCCUAGAAGUAACCUAAGUUUCUUCUUUAUUUUUCCCUAAAGACAACCCUGGUUUUGUAAUUUAAAAUAAAUGAUUUGUUACUACCUGCUUCUGAA